CCCGUCGCCCUGGAUUUCCCCCCGUCGCCCACUCCGUCUCCCGUCGCUCUAGAUUUCCCCCGCCGCCCACUCCUCCCGUCGCUCGCGGUUUCCCCCGCUGCCCUUUCCUUCUCCUGUCACUCUCGCUUUCCCCCGCCGCCCACUCCUCCCGUCGCUCUCGCUUUCCCCCGCAGCCCACUCCUCCCGUCGCUCUCGCUUUCCCCCGCCGCCCACUCCUCCCGUCGCUCUAGCUUUCCCCCACCGCCCACUCCUUCUCCCGUCGCUCUCUCUUGCCCCGGACACCCACUCCCCUUAGCCCGUCGCCCUGGAUUUCCCCCCGUCGCCCACUCCCUUUCCCCCGCCGCCCACUCCUUCUCCCGUCGCUCUCGCUUUCCCCCGCCGCCCACUCCUUCUCCCGUCGCUCUAGAUUUCCCCCGCCGCCCUUUCCUUCUCCCGUCGCUCUCGCUUUCCCCCGCCGCCCACUCCGUCUCCCGUCGCUCUAGCUUUCCCCCGCCGCCCACUCCUCCCGUCUCUCUAGCUUUCCCCCGCCGCCCACUCCUUCUCCCGUCGCUCGCGGUUUCCCCCGCCGCCCUUUCCUUCUCCUGUCGCUCUCGCUUUCCCCCACCGCCCACUCCUCCCAUCGCUCUAGAUUUCCCCCGCCGCCCACUCCUUCUCCCGUCGCUCUCUCUUUCCCCCGCCGCCCACUCCUUCUCCCGUCGCUCUCGCUUUCCCCCGCCGCCCACUCCUUCUCCCGUCGCUCUAGAUUUCCCCCGCCGCCCUUUCCUUCUCCCGUCGCUCUCGCUUUCCCCCGCCGCCCACUCCUUCUCCCGUCGCUCUAGCUUUCCCCCGCCGCCCACUCCUCCCGUCGCUCUCUCUUUCCCCUGCCGCCCACUCCUUCUUCCGUCGCUCUCGCUUUCCCCCGCCGCCCACUCCUUCUCCCAUCGCUCUCGCUUUCCCCCGCCGCCCACUCCUCCCGUCGCUCUCGCUUUCCCCCGCCGCCCACUCCUCCCGUCGCUCUAG